UUUAACUAAUGAUUGUCAUUUGUUGAAUAUGUUUUGGAGGGUUGGUAGGAAAACACGUCCCAUGAUUGUAAGAAGAUAUGCAUUUCUUAUAAAUCCCAUAUUUCAAGUAAGGACAACGUGCAUUAACAUAUAGUACUGACGCUGAGAUAGAACGUUCUGCUGCCUGUUGACCGUGACACGGAUGUGAACGUGCCUUGACAAGGGAGAUAAUACUACAUCAACGACAACCACUACUUCCACUACUGCAUCCCUGAACAAAUCCGCUUCACAAGUGGCUCAAUCAACAACUAGGAAGGGGUUGACACAUUUGACAUUUACAACUUGAGGCAUAUUUAUACGAGCGAACCGGGAAGUAAGACAAGAUGGUGGACGUGGCGGCCAUGUUGUCCUUAGUAUUGGAGGUGAUAGUGCUCACGGGGAAGUUGCUGUACUUUUGGCUGGAGGCGAUGGUGCUGGCCGUCCUCCCUGUCAGCAUACAGGGGAAAGACAUUUCGGGGGAAACUGUCCUUAUAACCGGCUCAGGAAGUGGUAUCGGUCGUCUGCUCGCCAAGCGUUUUGCCGACCGUAGUUGUCGUCUGGUGCUGUGGGAUAUCAACAAAGAAGCUAACGAGGAAACAGCGGCAGAAGUUCAGCGAUUCGGAAUCACCGUAAAAACAUACACAGUGGAUCUGUCGGAUGCGAAACAGAUAUACCAGGCAGCCGAGAAGGUGAAACGUGAGAUGGGGGAUAUUGACAUCCUGGUGAACAAUGCUGGGAUAGUGACUGGCCGGAAGUUCAUGCAGUGUCCAGACGAGAUGGUUCAGAAGACAAUGCAGGUCAACGUUCAGGCGCACUUCUGGACGGCGAAAGCGUUCCUACCUUCCAUGAUGGACAGGAACCACGGCCACAUCGUAAACAUCGCAAGCUCCGCUGGACUACUUGGUGUGUCUGGUUUGGCAGAUUAUUGCGCCAGUAAAUUUGCGGCAGUCGGGUUUGACGAGUCUCUUAAAUACGAACUGGAGUCGUCAGGAUUGACGGGUGUUCAUACAACGGCAGUCUGCCCCUACCUCAUAGACACCGGCAUGUUUGAUGGCUGCAAGUCAAGGUUCAGCUUCCUCCUGCCCAAACUGAACCCCGACGAUGUUGUGGACGGCAUCAUGGACGCCAUGUUGUGUAACUCCGCCAUCGUCAUCCUCCCCAAGAUUCUUUACGCCUUCAUAGCGCUCAAAGGCAUUCUUCCAAUUAAAGUAGUGUUCCUAUUGUGUGACUUUAUGGGUGUAAACUCGAUGAUGAAUACCUUCAAAGGACGAGGGAAGGAACAAUAACAUUACUAGCCUCCAGACGCUCAGUCAUCAAAAUCGGAACCGACGAAUCUGUUCACUUGACCUCGAUAGGGGCCACGCUUCUACCAGUACCAGCCCACACUGAACCAAAGCAUUAGCAAUCAUUGUCUCGUGUAUUCAUGAGUGAGCCAGACGUUCUAAAUGUGUUGAAGUAUCUUGAAGAGAUUGUGAUAGCCGGUGUCUUUGUGUAGGCCAUAUACAUAUAUUUAAAGGGACUCUUCGAGCAAACGUUUGAGUCUUUCCGAACCUUGGCCUGUUUAGACAACCUACUCCUCACAAUCUAUUCGUAUUUUCUGUUUUAGGAGUCGCUGAAUCUAUAAUUAAUUGAAUAUUUUAUUAAGGCAUUAUUAAUCACAAAACGGGAGAAUAAGCACAGGAUGCAUAUCUCACCCUGACCUUUUAGCUCACCUGACACAUCAUAAACUGAUAGAAUGCGUAAUGAAGAAAUCAUGAGAAUCAGCUGAUUCCGGAAGUAGAAUCAACGAAGGAACACUGGAGUGAUUUCUCCGACUGAAACCAUGUUAUAGAUGCUGUAUAAUUUCUCCAUAAUUUUGCACAAUGACCUAUAGUUGCGUCAGUUUUACUUUGCCAGAACGAAUGGCCAGUGAAAUCCUGGCUCAGAAUCAACCGCAACAACAAUAGCAUGACGAGAUCAUAAUAGUUUAAACAUGAUUAGAAAUUAUGGAUCUUACAUUUUCUAAAUACCACAACACAGCAGCCUAACAUUGAGCAGAAGAACAAACAGCUGACAUAUAUUGAAAUGUUGUGUGGGCUAAAUGUAACAAAUGUUUGUGUUAUUUAUACACUAUCUGCCGAUUUAAUAUAGGGCAAAACAGAAAAUAAAGAAACUAGGGGGAUUUAAAAAAAUUAUAAACCAUAGUAUUCUAUGAAUUGUCAAAUACAUGAAGGACAUUUACCAUGACAUUAACACACCGGUAUGAAAGCGUAUAACUUAAUCUUUAAAAAAAACCCGUUCUUAUGCUUGUCAACAGGAUAUAUAUGAUUAUGAUUUCAUAUUAAGCCAACAGCCGAAACUAUUAUUCUUUCCAGAACACGUCUAAGACCUGCAUUACUUCAGGCUUUCCCCCCACGUUAAGCUGAGACGCCGUGAUAUAAUUGGAAUAAAGUUAAAAUCGGCGUUAAAUAGAGAAUCUCACCCGAGUGUCUUUUGAU